UCCGGUGCUCCGUUUUUCAGUCGCGACGUCACUUCCCAGUUAAACGUGGCCGACUCGUAACAAGGAAGGAGUGGCAUCUAAGCGAGCGUCGCGAGCUGUCAAGCUGUCGGCCCUGAAUAGCCCGAGAGAGAGCUAGCGGAGACUUUAAUCAGCCGGUGCAGCUGAUCGCUUAAAUGACUCGUCGUGGCGGCCAUUGAGCGCGUUAUCGAGUAUCCGUUAGCAUCGAGACCGCCGGUUUUAAGCCUGCCGAGAAUCCGUUCAGGCGCGACGAAAGAAAAACAUGUCGUCCUCGGGCGAUUUCGGUAACCCGUUACGGAAGUUCAAGCUUGUCUUUCUGGGCGAGCAGAGCGUUGGAAAGACCUCUCUUAUUACGCGGUUUAUGUAUGACAGUUUCGACAACACAUACCAGGCUACGAUAGGUAUAGAUUUCUUAAGCAAAACCAUGUAUCUUGAAGACAGAACUGUGAGACUACAGCUGUGGGAUACAGCGGGGCAAGAACGGUUCCGUUCUUUGAUACCUAGUUACAUCAGAGAUUCUACUGUCGCGGUCGUUGUUUACGAUAUUACCAAUGCCAACUCGUUUCAUCAAACAUCCAAGUGGAUAGACGAUGUGCGGACUGAAAGAGGAAGUGAUGUGAUAAUUAUGCUAGUGGGCAAUAAAACUGAUUUGAGUGAUAAGAGGCAAGUUUCGACGGAAGAGGGCGAGCGAAAAGCGAAAGAACUAAAUGUGAUGUUCAUCGAAACUAGUGCUAAGGCUGGCUACAAUGUUAAACAGCUGUUUAGAAGAGUAGCGGCAGCUCUGCCGGGUAUGGACUCCACCGAAAACAAGCCUCCCGAAGACAUGCAAGAGGUAGUGCUCAAGGACACGCCAAUCGAACUGAAAGCCUCGGAGAGCAGUUGUGCAUGCUAAGUCGUCGUCGGCCUGUACGGUAGCAGGGUAUCGAAUCGAAUCACAAAGAGUCUUAAUAAUUUCUGAAUAGGGUUUAAACCGUCUCAGAUUGUUCUGGAGCGGUUUAGGGACUUUUUUGAAAAACAUAAACUGAUUUUCC